CUCUCUCUCUCGCUGUGCGCUACAGAUUGGAUAAACGUCGUUCAGCAUCGAAAGCAUUAAAAUCGUGACCGUAGGAUCCCGCAGGUGCCACCAAACUCCUGGUGUAUUCCUGAUCCUUCUGCGACCUCCUCUUUUGCAGAGUGCAGACUGCAGAGCAUUUCCCUUUUUCUGUUUCCUUUUUCGGUAUUGACCAUCAAGAGGAAGUGCUGAGAGGGAAAGACGGAAGCUCAUAUAAAGGACUCCAUUCCAUCAUUCCAAAAUCUCAGGAGUUAGUAGACAUCAUUUGCGUAAAUCCGUCUCCCGGUCUCUCUCUCUCUCUGCCUCCUCUUCAUUCCGUCUCCGGUUGAAGAGAAAGUAGUGGUGAGUGGUGGUGGUGUGUCUUUUCUAUGGAAGCACAAGGCUGCUGCUAUCCGAAGAUCCUUCUACGAGGUUCCAGAAGAGGUCCGGUCUCCGCCUCUCACAUUCUAGUCAUUCGCACUAUUCGUCCCCUCUUCACCCCAGAUAUUGGUGGCCUGCACUUACAGCCGAGGCGCCUCUCCGUCGUCAAACCUCUCCGGUCAUCGUCGGCCCCGGCUUCUCCUCCUGACGGGAAAGAGGUCCUUUCUUGCAAUUCUGAUACAAGUGAAACGACUGUCCAUGUUAGAUUCGUCCUGCAAAAGGAAUGUCCAUUCGGUCAGCAAUUCUUCUUGACCGGUGAAGAUCCAAUACUUGGUUCAUGGGAACCAUCUGCAGCAAUUGCCAUGGAUUGGUCUGAAGGCCAUAUCUGGACAACGGAGCAGGAUAUCCCGAUUGAAAGUAAGCCUCAGUUCAAGUUCAUACUGAAGGACGCUUCUGGAGCACUUGAGUGGCAACCUGGACCAGACCGGCUUAUGAAAUUGUGGAAAACUGAGAGGACAAUAACAAUAGAGGAAGAUUGGGAGUCAAGUGAACUUCAAAAAGCAACGGAAGAGCCGUGUGAGAACCUAGUCGACGAUGAGAAGCCAGUAGACGAAAUACCUGCAGAAGAGGAGGUGAAAAGUAGCGUUGUCGCAGAAGAAGGGGUGAAAAGUGGCGGCCUGGACGAGAAACAUGAGUCCGUCGGGGAUGACUUCUUUGAGAAGGCUGAAGGUGCUGUUUUGGUUCCAGGACUGACAUCCAGCUCCAUAAUUGGUCUUGCGGGGGAACUUUCUGGUUGAGACGAAACCACAACUGAAGCUGAAACCUCUGCUGCUAUUGUUGACCAGUUGACUCCGAUUGGUGCUUCUGCUGAUAUGGAUCAUACCACCUCUGAGGUAAAUGUUUGGUAACAUGAAUUUCCGCAUUUUCAUACCUUACCAUGAAACCACUUUCUGCUAUAUUUCUUUAGCCGUAACCUUUAGAUGACAUGUACCGUGCAUCUCGUUCAUGGGUACGAAAGACCCUAUUGUGCUUCAUGGGUUCUCCACCGUACUUGCUUGUGUUCAUUCUGAAUGUAGUGGAAAAACUACACCGUUAUCUCAUCCGUUGGACUUGGUAACUAAACAAAAAAUAGAUCUGUUUAUGCUAUUAAGAAAGACUUCUCUUCUUCCUUUUCU